AUGAUUGAAAAAAGAGGUGUUAAGGUUACUCAUGCUCAACUGGCUAGAUAUUUGACCUUUGUAGAGAACUGUGGCCCUUGGUUUCCGAAAGAUGGUAGUCUCAAUAUUAGAAUAUGGAACAAGAUAGGGGAGGAAAUGCAGUUAUACUAUUCUAACCAUGGUCCUGAAAAUGUACCCGUGGAGGCAUUCUCUUUAUGGACAUUGUUAAGAGAUAUGUUAGAUCCUAUGCCUAGCUCACAGGCUUUACACAAAAAAUUAUGGGAGACACAUAACGCUGCCCCUGCUGAAGAGACAUCUCUAUUACAAAAAUCAGCCUCUCAUGUACUGGUAAUAAAUGAAAUGAAAUCAGAAGAUGAGGACAAAGAUAAUAAAACAAUUGAAGGGAGAGACGAUCAAUUGUCCUCCAAAGAUGAGGUAGCUCUUGAGGAGGAGGCUGCUAAAUAUCAUGAACAAGAUUGGGAACUUUUUGCAAAUGCCACAGUCCCUGAAUGUGGCUCUGUGAUUAAUCUACAUAGACAGUUAAAAGUUCCACAGAACAAGGCCUUAAUUUGUAAAAAACCCUUGCCACCUAUUAAGAAUAUUGGCUUUAAGGGAGCAAUACAGGAGGCCUUGCGAGAUGGGGAUUUAACUUUUAAAUGUUUUCCAGUGACUUUUGAUGAUGAAUGGGACGAAUCUCAGUGGGAACCACUCCCUUAUAAGGUCUUUAGGGAACUAAAAAAGGCAGUUUCUGACUAUGGUUCUACAUCUCCUUAUACUAUGCAGUUGGUGGAGGCAAUUGCUAGCCGGUGGAUGACACCUUAUGAUUGGCAUCAAACUGCUAAAUCUUGUCUCCCUGCAGGGGUAUAUUUACUUUGGAAGGCUGAAUAUGAGGAGUUAGCAAAACAACAAAUUGCUAUUAAUAGAAAGUCAGGCCGCCGCUCCAUAACAUUUGAUAUGCUUAUGGGCCUAGAGGAAUGGUCACAAGCCCGUGAUCAACUAAAUUUAUCUAAGGAGGCUCUCAGCCAAAGCUCCAGCCUAGCUGUUAAUGCCUGGAGAUACCUACCUGCUGGAGAAGUAAAAACUAUAGGCUUAAGUAAUAUCAAACAAAGUCCAGAAGAACCUUACCAGGAUUUUUUAGCUAAGAUUAUUGAUGCUGUUGAGAAAACUAUUCCUAAUGAUGAAGCUGCACAAACCAUAAUCAAACAAUUGGCCUUCGAGAAUGCUAACGCAACUUGCCAAACUUUAAUUAGACCCAUUAGGAAAACUGGCACACUUAAUGAUUUUGUAAAAGUUUGUUCUGAAGUUACUCCAUCCUAUCUGCAGGGCAUAGCAAUAGCAGCUGCCCUUCAGGGACAAACAAGUACUCAAUUCCUUGCCAAUAUAAAUAACCCUAAGCUUUCCAAACCUAAUGGACCCAAUAAUAAUAGUACUGCCUGCUUCUCAUGUGGCCAAAUCAGCCACUUCAGUAGACAUUGCCCUCAGAAAUUAGGAGUUCUUCAUGGAAGCACAAGUUCCCCUACCACUAUAGCACCUCCAAAGACUCUAUGUCCUCGCUGUAAUAAGGGUUUUCAUUGGAGCAGGGAAGGCAAAUCUAAAUAUCAUAAGAAUGGGACCUUGCUUCCUCCCAAUGGACCAAGACCAGAGAACAAUACACCCAAUUUACAACUUCCAACUCAAAAUCUUUCAGGAAACUGGGUGUGGGGCCCGACCCAGGCCCCACAAAUAACCGGGAACUCCAACAACCCAUUCAGUACCAGAGAACUGUGUCAGACCUCACAAAAGCUACCCAUGGGAGUGCAGGACUGGACUUGUGCUCCACCUCCUCAACAAUAUUAA